CUUCACUUAGUUACUUUGUUUCCUACAUGAUCAAGAACCAUCAAGCACCGCAUUGAAUAUAAUCUGGAUAAACAUGUGCAUGGAAGUUGCCCCAUCAGUUGGAUGUUUCAAGCUUCACCUAUGCCUUCAGUCACUCAAGUAGCACCGUUUGACCAAUAAGUUGACCUUGCCAUUUGAAGUGCCCAUCGACAUAGCCUAUCAGCAACGCUUUGCGAAUAACUGCCCCGGGUCAACGACUGUCCGUCAGCCUCUCCUCCGGUAUGCGUUAAAUCCCACCUCGCAGACCUAUUUAUCCUCCUGGACAAGCCUAAACAUUUCUUUCCAGCAGAUACCAGAACCACCAACAGUAAGCAUCCCAAAUCAUUAAUAUCAUCAAGAGAAGCCAGGCCAACUAGAUGAGAAAAGCGAAGCAAUUCCCGACCCCGAGCCCAUCGAUACUCUCCCAACACUUCACCCGACCAGCACCCUCGCAGAUCCAUGCCCAACGUCUCAAACUCCUCCACCAACGACUACUCCUUCACGACAAGCAAGUCGGAGAAAGAGGAUUCCAAGUCCAACCCCUAAAUACCAGCAUGGCUCAAUACGAUCAACAUCAACAAUUCACAUUCCUCUCUCCGAAAACCCUCCAAGCCUACGAGCGCCAAGCCCGCGAAACCACCCGCUAUGAAACCCUCCCGCCUAAGUGGCUGGGCACAUCGCUGUCGGACAAGCUCCCCGCGUCGAGAAUCGAGAUUCUCGGCGCCGCGACAGGGAUCCUGUUCCUGGUCGUGCUGCUCGUUAUGCUGCUUUGCAUGGGCGUGUCGCAGACGUGCACGGCGAAGGACGCGGGACCUUCGCCGUGGAAGCGACUUGCGAAAGACCAAUGGGAUGAGGAAUCGCAGCCGCUUAUUACAGGCAGCGUUGACCCGAGGGCUGAACGAUUCCAGCAACAUAUUGGUGGACGACGAUGCAGUGUUGUCGAGCCCGACGAGGGGGAGAGAUGGGAGUUGGGGGACUUGGACGGGAGACUAAGUGGCAGCAGUUCGGCUAGACAGAGUGUAAGCGAGUCGUCACCCGCUGCGAGGCGACGGUCCGAGGCUAGAAAUGCUUGGUUACGGGAGCGGGCCGAAGGUGCGGAAAGAAGACGGAGCCAUGGAAGCAUGUUCCACAUUCCUGAGAGGUCUCUCGACCUGGAGGCUCAACCUUUGUGACUGACUGCAGGAAGAUUUGGUGGCGAGGUUGUAGGAAAUGCUUGUAUCAGCUAGGGUUAGAGCUGGACCUGGGGAAUUUCGUCAGUGAAGCAGCAACUGCCUCGACCUGUCCAGUAAAAGCAUUGAAUAACCUUAGAUAGUCGUACACAAAGAGUAUAUCACAAGUCCAAG